UCACUUUCCUCCAUCGCGCGCUUUUUACUGUUGUUGCGUAACUUAUCACGGUUAGCGCGACUUGGGAAGGCGUGUGGUACUUGCUUCAGUUGCGAGCUCUUCUCGACGACUCAAAGCCCAAAAUGCCAACUCUCACGAUCAACACGAACGUCCCCGCGUGCAACAUUCCGAACGACUUUCUGAAGACGACAGCCAACGUUGUGGCGGACUCCUUGGGGAAACCUCUUUCGUAUGUUGUGGUCCACAUCAGUCCUGAUCAAAUGCUGUCGUUUGGAGGCACUGACGAGCCUUGUGCCAUUGCAAACCUGUACAGCAUUGGCUGCCUCUCUCCGAAGGAGAACAAGAAGCAUUCAGCUGCUCUGUUUGAGCACAUUGAAAAGACAUUGGGCAUCAAAGGCAACAGGAUGUACAUCAACUACUUCGACAUGCCAGCGACAAAUGUCGGCUACAGCGGCAAAACAUUUGCUGGAUGAUGCGACAAGAUCCUGCUUGCGGCAGCUGGGAGAGCUGUCUGCAUUUGGAGUUCAAUAAACAUUCACUUUCCGUUA